AUGACGAUUCCGCGUUUGGAGUUACAGGCUGCAGUCUUGGGUUGCCGCCUUAAAGAGUCGCUUGAACGCUGUCAUGAUUUCCGAGUAGACAACACUACGUUUUGGAGUGAUUCCAAGACUGUCAUACUCUGGAUCCGUUCAACCAACCGAAAUUUCAAGCAGUUUGUCGCCUAUCGCGUAACCGAAAUAUUAGGCGUAACAUCUGCAGACCAAUGGCGGUGGAUUCCGACAACGCUGAACGUCGCUGACGAGGCGACACGAGCCUGUUCAUCCUUUGAGUGCGAAACACAAUCAAGGUGGUUCACGGGACCAGGGUUUCUCUACCAAGACACAUCGCACUGGCCACAGGAGAUACCAGAGCUGACAUCCGACCAUUGCGCUUCGGAAGAAUGCGUGGGACGAGUCUUAUUGCUGUCAAAUUCUGGCGAAGUUGUGGCCUGGAUUUUCCGAUUUUUCUACAAUGCUAUGCCUGGUACCCGUCAAAGUGGAGAGCUAAAUGCCAUAGAGCUUGCCAACGCCGAGAAAACCGUACUUCGAAAGGUUCANCACAAUGUUAUGCCUGGUACUCGUCAAAGUGGAGAGCUGAAUGCCAUAGAGCUUGCCAACGCCGAGAAAACCGUACUUCGAAAGGUUCAGAACGACUCUUUUGCCGAAGAGAUCAACGCCAUUAAGCGGAAAACGCCUCUUGCGAAAUCGAGUGCGAUAUACCAGCUGACACCGUUCUUAGAUAGCGAUGGUCUGCUAAAGGUCAACGGCAGAAUCGAUUCCGCGUACUGCCUGCCUAUUACAGCUCGACGCCCGGUUAUUUUACCUCAAAACCAUCAUGUUACACGACUUAUUAUGAAGCAGUAUCACUGUCAACUUCACCAUCAAAAUGAUUGCCUAACCAUCAAUGAAAUGGGACAAAGGUUUUGGGUACCGCGUGCGCGCGCACUGCUUAAGUCAACGAAAAGGGAGUGUCCGGUGUGCGCCUACAACAAAGCUAAACCAGCGAUUCCGCUUAUGGGCCAGUUGCCAAUAGAUCGCUUAANCACUGCUUAA